AUGUGUGAGUGGGCCGCCCUGCUCCCCGACGCAGGCCAGGCACCCGGCGGGGGCGCUUUGCUUGACGUGCUCCAGCCACCGUAUUUCACCGCUGAGCCUGCGAGCCGGAUGUCGGCGGAUGUGGGAGAGUCCGUGGACCUGGUGUGCGGAGCCGCGGGGGUCCCUCCUCCUGCCCUGCAGUGGUACAAGGAUGCUGUGCCCGUCAGCGCACUUCGGAACCCUCGCUACCAAGAGCUCCCCAGGGGACUGCGCAUCCAGAAGCUGCGUCCCGAGGACUCUGGGAUCUUCCAGUGCUUUGCCAGGAACGAGGGCGGGGAGAUCCAGACCUGCACCUACCUGGACGUCACCAAUGUUGCUCCAGCCUUCACCCAGCUGCCCGUGGACACCACGGUCACCGACGGGAUGACGGCCGUCCUGAGCUGUGGAGUGUCCGGGGCUCCCAGGCCCGCCAUCACCUGGAGGAGAGGAAACCGCAUUCUGGCCAGUGGCUCUGUGAGGAUCCCUAGGUUCGUGCUCCUGGAGUCUGGGGGUCUGCAGAUCACCCCCGUCUUCAUCCAGGAUGCUGGCAACUACACCUGCUACGCAGCCAACACGGAGGGGUCCCUGGACGCGUCCGCAGCGCUGACCGUGUGGAAUCGAACGUCCAUCGUUAACCCUCCGGAGGACCUCGUGGUGAUUAAGGGGACCACGGCCACGCUGCACUGCGGAGCCACGCACGACCCCCGCGUUCCUCUCCGCUACGUCUGGAAGAAGGACAGCGUGGUCAUCACCCCAUCCAGCAGCUCCAGGAUCGUGGUGGAGCAGGACGGGUCCCUCCUCAUUAGCCAGACGUGGUCAGGGGACAUCGGAGACUACACCUGCGAAAUUAUUUCUGAGGGCGGGAACGACUCCAGGGCAGCCCGCCUGGAGGUGAUUGAACUGCCUCACUCCCCUCAGAACCUCCUGGCCAGCCUGAAUUCCUCCCACAGCCGCACCGUGACGCUCUCCUGGGUCCGACCCUUUGAUGGAAACAGCCCAGUUCUUUAUUACAUCGUGGAGCUGUCUGAAAACAGACGGUCAAGCUCCCCGGGCCGGCAGCUCGCCUCAUCCUGCCAGUGGUAUGAGAAGUGGGAUGGCAGCCCUGCUGACACCCUGGUCCAAGAGGUGUGGACCGAUCGGUCUCCUGCUGCUUCUCUGGUUCUGUCCUCCGUCUCCUCCCUUCGCCCCGGCACGCAGAGCUGCGUCUUCCCGAGGUACCGCCUGGCUGGCCUCCCGGGGACGCACCAGCAGAGGAACAUCACCAGCCCGGAGGUCAGCUACUGCCUGGUGACGGAGCUGAUCAUCUGGACCCAGUAUGAGAUUCAGGUGGCUGCGUACAACGGGGCGGGCCUGGGCGUCUUCAGCAGAGCGGAGACCGAGUACACCUUACAAGGCGUGCCCACCGCGCCCCCGCAGAACGUGCAGACGGAGGCCGUGAACUCCACGAGCGUGCAGUUCCUGUGGAGCCCCCCGCCGCAGCAGUUCAUCAACGGCAUCAACCAGGGCUACAAGCUUCUGGCGUGGCCGGCCGACGUCCCCGAGGAUGUCACGGUGGUCACCAUCGCUCCGGAUUUCCACGGAGUCCACCACGGGUUCAUAACUAACCUGAAGAAGUUUACCGCCUACUUCACAUCGGUCCUGUGCUUCACCACUCCAGGGGACGGGCCUCCGAGCACGCCUCAGCUCGUCUGGACCCACGAGGACAAGCCGGGAGCUGUGGGGCAUCUGAGUUUCACGGAGAUUCUGGACACAUCUCUCAAGGUCAGCUGGCAGGAGCCCCUGGAAAAGAACGGNNCACUUCUAGGCUACCAGCUCUCCUGGGAGGUGUACGGGCGGAACGAUUCCCGGCACACGCGCGCUCUCAACAGCACGGUGCACGAGUACACGAUCCGGGGACUGGCCUCCCUCACGACCUACACCAUCGACGUGGCGGCUGUCACCGCGGCAGGGGCCGGCCUGGCCACCUCGUCCACCAUCUCCUCCGGCGUGCCCCCAGAGCUUCCCGGGGCCCCAUCCAACCUGGUCAUUUCCAACAUCAGCCCUCGCUCCGCCACGCUCCAGUUCCGCCCGGGCUACGACGGGAAGACGGCCAUCUCCAGGUGGAUCGUGGAGGGACAGGUUGGAGCCGUGGGCGACGAGGAGGAGUGGGUGAGCCUCUACGAGGAGGAGAGUGAGCCCGACGCCCAGACGCUGGAGAUCCCGAACCUCACGCCCUACACUCAGUACAGGUUCCGAAUGCGGCAGGUGAACAUCGUGGGCGCCAGCCCCUUCAGUCCGUCUUCCCGGGUCAUCCAGACCCUGCAGGCACCCCCAGACGUGGCCCCCACCAGUGUCACUGUGCGAACCGCCAGCGAGACCAGCCUGCGGCUCCGCUGGGUGCCGCUGCCCGAUUCCCGGUACAACGGGAACCCCGAGUCCGUGGGCUACAGGAUCAAGUACUGGCGCCCAGACCUCCAGGCCGCCGCUCUGACCCAGGUCGUCAGCGACCGGCUGGAGAGGGAGUUCACCGUGGAGGGGCUGGAGGAGUGGACGGAGUACGAGCUGAAGGUGCAGGCCUUCAACGCCAUCGGGGCCGGGCCCUGGAGCGAGGCCGUGCGGGGCCGCACGCGGGAGUCAGUUCCUUCAGCCGCCCCUGCAAAUGUGUCGGCCGAGGCUGUCAGCUCCACCCAGAUUCUGCUGACGUGGGCUUCGGUGCCGGAGCAGGACCAGAACGGGCUCAUCCUGGGCUACAAGAUUCUGUUCCGGGCCAAAGACCUGGAUCCUGAGCCCAGAAGCCACGUGGUGCGAGGGAACCACACGCAGUCGGCGCUGCUGGCGGGUCUGGGGAAGUUUGUGCUGUACGAACUCCAGGUGCUUGCGUUCACCCGCAUCGGGAAUGGGGUCCCCAGCGCACCCCCCAUCCUGGAACGGACCAAGGAUGACGCCCCAGGCCCCCCCGUGAGGCUCGUGUUCCCGGAGGUGAGGCUGACAUCUGUGCGGACCGUGUGGCAGCCCCCGGAGGAGCCCAACGGCGUCAUUCUGGGGUACCAGAUCGCCUACCGCCUGGCCAGCAGCAGCCCCAACACCUUCACCACCGUGGAGGUCGGCGCCACCGUGAGGCAGUUCACGGCCACCGAGCUGGCCCCCGAGUCCGCCUACCUCUUCAGGCUGUCGGCCAAGACCAGGCAGGGCUGGGGGGAGCCCCUGGAGGCCACUGUCAUCACCACUGAGAAGAGAGAGCGGCCGGCACCCCCCAGGGAGCUCCUGGUGCCCCAGGCGGAAGUGACGGCCCGUAGCCUGCGGCUGCAGUGGGUCCCAGGCAGUGACGGGGCCUCCCCUAUCCGGUACUUCACUGUGCAGCUGCGGGAGCUGCCCCGGGGAGAGUGGCAGACCUAUUCCUCGUCCAUCAGCCACGAAGCCACGGCCUGUGUCGUCGAAAGGCUGAGGCCCUUCACCUCCUACAAGCUGCGCCUGAAGGCCACCAAUGACAUUGGGGACAGUGACUUCAGUGUGGAGACAGAGGCUGUGACCACACUACAGGACGUUCCGGGAGAGCCUCCAAGUUUUGUCUCCGUGACCCCACACACCACCUCGUCUGUGCUGAUCCAGUGGCAGCCCCCGCGGGACGAGAGCCUGAAUGGCCUCCUGCAGGGCUACAGGAUCUACUACCGGGAGCUGGAGUACGAGGCGGCCGCAGCCUCCGAGGCCAAGACGCUCAAAAGCCCCUCCGCGCUGCGGGCCGAGCUCACAGCCCAGAGCAGCUUCAAGACCGUGAACAGCAGCUCCACGUUAACGAUGUACGAAUUAACACAUCUGAAGAAGUACCGGCGCUACGAGGUGCUCAUGACCGCCUACAACAUCGUCGGCGAGAGCCCGGCCAGCGCGCCCGUGGAGGUCUUCGUCGGCGAGGCUGCCCCGGCCAUGGCCCCGCAGAACGUGCAGGUGAGCCCGCUCACGGCCAGCCAGCUGGAGGUCACGUGGGACCCACCGCCGCCCGAGAGCCAGAACGGGAACAUCCAGGGCUACAAGAUCUACUACUGGGAGGCAGGCAGCCAGAACGAGACGGAGAGGAUGAAGGUGCUGUUCCUGCCGGAGACCACGGUGAAGCUGAAAAACCUCACCAGCCACACCAAGUACCUGGUCAGCAUCUCGGCCUUCAACGCGGCGGGAGACGGGCCCCGGAGUGACGCCCGGCAGGGCUGCACCCACCAGGCCGCUCCUGGGGCCCCCAGCUUUCUGGCGUUCUCAGAAGUAACCUCCACCACGCUGAACGUGUCGUGGGGUGAGCCGGCGGCGGUCAACGGCGUCCUGCAGGGCUACCGAGUGGUGUACGAGCCCUUAGCGCCUGUCCAAGGGGUGAGCAAGGUGGUGACGGUGGACGUGAAGGGGAGCUGGCGGCACUGGCUGAAGGUGCGGGACCUCACCAAGGGGGUGACCUACUUCUUCCGGGUGCAAGCGCGGACCAUCGCCUACGGGCCCGAGCUACAGGCCAACGUCACGGCCGGGCCGGCCGAGGGUUCCCCCGGCUCCCCUCGAGACGUCUCCGUCACCAAAUCUGCCUCUGAGCUGACCUUGCAGUGGACAGAGGGCAGCGCGGGCAGGACGCCCACCACGGGCUACGUCAUCGAGGCCAGGCCCUCAGAUGAAGGCCUGUGGGACAUGUUUGUGAAGGACAUCCCCCGGGGCGCCACGUCCUACACCAUCAGCCUGGAUAAGCUCAGGCAAGGAGUGACUUAUGAGUUCCGGGUGGUGGCCGUGAACCAGGUGGGCUACGGGGAGCCCAGCAGCCCCUCCACCGCCGUGUCAGCCCAGGUGGAAACCCCGUUCUACGAGGAGUGGUGGUUCCUCCUGGUGACGGCGCUGUCCAGCCUCAUCGUCCUCCUGCUGGUGGUGUUCGCGCUGGUCUUGCAUGGACAGAACAAGAGAUACAGGAGCUGCAGCACAGGGAAGAGCAUUUCCAACAUGGAGGAGUCCGUGACCCUGGAUAACGGAGGGUUUGCCGCCUUGGAGCUCAGCAGCCGUCACCUCAAUGUCAAGAACACUUUCUCCAAGAAGAAUGGGACCAGGUCCCCGCCCCGGCCGAGCCCCGGUGGGCUGCACUACUCAGACGAGGACCUCUGCAGCAAGUACAAUGGCGCGGUGCUGCCCGAGAGCACAAACCUCAAGGAGAAGUCGGUGGACGCCUCAGAGUCCGAGGUCACCCACUCCGAAAAUCAUAAACGAUCUUAA